GGCGCGCGGGCAGAGGGUCAGGGCCGCCGGGGCCGCACCGGGCUGGGCUGGGCUGGGUUGGGUUGUCUUUCGUAUCGCUUCAUUUCGUUUCACCGCGGUCCUCCCCGUGCUCUUUGCCGUCCCGGGAAGUCGCUUGGUGAAAACAGGAACGCGGUCUGCCCCCAGAGGGUGGCGAGGAGACGGGCCUCCGGCAGCCUUUCCGCGCAGCCUGCGCCUCGCCCCGGGCUUGGUGGUGUAGGCCUCGGCGCCAUGGAUCCGUUUUUAACUCUGCUGCAUUCUUUCUCCUUGAGCUUGUCGGACGCAGAGCUUACAUCCAUGAAGUUUCUCUGCCGGGACAAAAUUGGGAAAAGGAAGCUUGAAUCUGUCAAAAGCGGAGCGGAACUUUUCAACAUCCUUAUCGAGCAGCAGCAGAUCACAAGGGACAAGGUGUCGUUUCUUGAAAGCAUGCUCGAGAACAUUAAAAGAGAAGAUCUGGUCGCACGGCUGAAGCAGUUCGUAGAGGAAGGAGAAGUUACUUCUCCCGAUGAUCAGCCAGAUCCGCGUGAAAAACGACUUCUGAAGGCAGCUAUUGGAGUGAUAUGUGAUAAUGUUGCGAGAAACUGGAAAACGCUAAUGCGGGAACUUGACUUUCCUGAAGUGAAAUUGGAGAGAGUGAUGGCUGCCAAUCCAUUCAACUUGCGUGAACAGUUUUUUCAGUCACUUCAGGAGUGGCAGAAAUCGAAGGGAAAAGAUGCUAAGGCGACUGACUUAAUAAAAGCUCUUAGGCGCUGUAAUAUGAAUUUGGUGGCAGACAAAGUGGAACAGAAGCUCUUACUACUGGACACUGAAACCAGGUGAAAUCAAUAUAAAAACACUUCCAGGCCCUACAGCUACAGUUUUUAAAAGUAUAAGUGCCUUCUCUUCUGAACCAAAAAUCAAGAAACAUUAUUCUGCCAUUAUUUUAUGUGCCUUAAUAGAUUGACUUGUGGUCAGAUGAAGUUAAACAUAAAACCAGAUUUCUCUCAGGUAAUGCUUUGUAGUUCAGUGCUUCCUUUAAGAGAUUUUAACUUUUAGACCUAAACUCCAUUUUAUAGACAUUCUGACACUUUGUUCUACCACUCACCUGAGAACAAGAUUUGCUUUACUGCAGAUACUUUCAGAUACACCUGGUCUGGAGAUACAUCCAUGAGACACUUCUGAGGCUACUGUAAUUUAAAAUUUCACAGGGAGGUAGAAUGUUUUCAUGUUUUUCUUGCCUAUUACAAUUGUAACGUGAAAACGGGAAGGAGUAGACCUCUUAGCUAUGUACUGCUUUUUCUUUUGGAGUAGCAUAAAUAAUACUUCUUAUAAUUUGUUUAUACAUUUACUCUCCAUAAAAGCAUACUAAUGUCACUAACCUUAGGCCCUUAGACUGCUGUGCAAUAGGGCUAGUAACUACUGUGGUGGCUUUUUCUUGUCAGAAAACGUUACCAGAUUGAAAAUGAACUAGUUGAAAUCAAGUAUUUCUAUUAAGUGUCUUCAUCAUCCUGAAGGAAGUGGUCUCCUAAAUCUGUCAAAGAAAUUGUGUGUGUGUCUCAGAUGUUUACAACAGCCUCUUUGUACUGCUGUGAAUGUUUUAAGAUUCUUCAAUAGGAGUCCUUUCACAACCUGUAUCCCAGAGUCUGGUCAUGUCUGCUGGAAGUUGCAGCUCACCUCAGAAUUAAGCUGCAGUUAUCUGUGCACUUGGUAAAACAAAAGUAUGUACUGUAGCAAAGCCCUAGAAAACAAAUUGGUUUCUUUUUAGUGGAGGGGUGUGAAAACCUCCUGAGAGUUAAGUACAUAGUACAGACUUUUCUCAAGUGAUACACUGUGAAGAUCACUUGUCUUUCACCACUGUUUGUUCUCGUCUAAGGUCACUUGAGAUCCAGUGGCUCCUUCCACUCCUCUGCAAUUUUUUAGUCCAGUCCUGUUCCUUGACAUUUUUUGAAAGUGGUUGUAAGCAACUCACAGAGGAAGGAGGAUUUAUGAAAGAGAACGGAUUCAGUUUUCAGCUUUAAUUUGGAACAGACUUCAAAAAAUUGCCUUCAUGCCAAACCUAAGGCUGGAAAAAUUGCACAAGCUUCAAGACAUGCAGGGCUAUAGAGGCCUCUGGGGACCAUCCCCUGUGUGUUGGGGGUAGAAAGUCCUCUGAAAACCUAACUGCUUGAACGAGUAGGAUUCUUUAUUAUUGCAAACAUCCUUUUAACUACAUGAAUAGAUACUUGAAGAGGAGAGGCUUUUUUUCACUACCAUACUUGUGUGACUUCUAGCCCCUUGCAAGUUGUUUUUACGUGGUGCCAUCACUGUGAAGGCUGCGUGUCAGCGUAUAAUAUACCACUACUCUGCAUAAAUCUUGGGACACUGAUAAUUCUCAAGGUUUUGUUGCAGUUGGUGCCUUUAGUUUAGAUGAUGACACUUCAAUGCCUGAUUUUAGUUAAGGGAAACUGCUGUAAUGUGAACUUAACUUGUCAUUAAGGUUUUUUCCUUCAAUGAUUCUCACGGGUAUUUUUCUAAUCAUAGUGUAUUACAUAUCAGUGAUUGUAUCCAAGUAGAGGAGCAACGGGUAGGACAGAAGCUCCCAUGUGUCUGCUUUUGGGGCAGAUACAGUUGCUCCAACACUUCUCAGUAUUGAUUGUCAAUUCCAGACUUCCAGGAGGAGAUACAGUGCUGUGCUUCAGCUAAAUCGCCUAACACAAAUGUGUUGGAGGUUUCUGUUUAAAUAGAUACAGUCUUUGUGCUGCAAGGUUUAAAGAAAAUGAUUGCUUUGGACUUUUUUCCUUCAUGCCUCUAAACAAGCCAUGUGAGCAGAGUGGAGUAGAAGUGACGUUACCAAGAUGAGUUAUGGUUGUGGUGAGACAGCUCUGCAACAGUUCCAAGUUCAAUCUGUCUGGUAAUGUGUUUUUCUUAACCACUUCUAAUAAGUCUUCUGGUUCACAGGAGACAGAUUUAUCUGGAAUACUAAAAGAAGCAUACUGCUUACUGCAUGUGACCAGUGUAUUUUUAGAAUCAGCAGGAAUAACUUGUAGCCAAGUGCUCAUCAGCUACAAGAAAUAUUCUCCCUUAGAAGAGAAAAAACCCUCUUCCUUCUUUAAGGCUUUGUACAUAGUGGAUGUUUUACUGAGUAUGAAAGCAAUGACCUAGCCUGCUUCAAUCUGUGCAGUACCUCAGGGCCAAUUAAAACUGGCUUUAUUAGAGAUUAAGAAGUUGAUUAUGUGAGAACAAACUCAAGUGAAGCAAAGGGAACAAGAGGGGUCAGGGAGAAGGGUGCAAUUUGUAAUGAAAUUUGUCAUUCAAAUGAACUGUGUAUUUUUAUAACUUGAAUUAAUGUUUUGUAUAAUUUUGUACACAUUUCAUUAAAAAAUACUUCCUUAAAAGCUUAA